AUGGAUGUGACUAUUGUGAGACAAAGUGAAGAUGUGAAGAAAGCAGUGGGUGAUCAAGUUUCUUUUCGUCCAGACAAAUUCAUUCCUCCUGUCACCAGCAUCAUCUGGAAACACACAAACACUGAUGGAUAUGUUGUCAAGGCGAUUGAAUGGGAUGAAGGAGAAAUUCUAAUCCCGAAUCUGAGAUUCAAAGACAUCACAACUGUUGAUGAGAAGACUGGACAAAUCACUAUAACUAAUCUAAAAGUUGAACAUAGUGGAGUUUAUACCCUUGAGAUCAACAGUAAAGAGCAGCAACAGAGUUUCACCUUGACUGUUAUGGAGCGGGUCCCAAAACCUGAGAUAAAAACAGAGAAGAGUGAAGAUAACCCUGAUGUUGUGAAUUUGAGAUGUGAGUACAGUGAAACGAUCAUCUGGAAGAAUUCUGCUGGAGAAACACUGACGGGUUCACCAAUCACUCCGAAAGGAGAGUCCAUCACAGUAAAAAAAAAUGGAAAUCCAGAAACCUUCUACACCUGUACACUCGAUAACGGCGCAAGUAAAGAAACCAGUGAUCGGGUCUAUGAGAGAGAUCUGUUCAAAGAUGAUUCAAAGAGUGGAUCUGGGUUGAUAGCGGGUAUUGUCAUCUAA